GAUGGAAUCGACACACGCCACACGCCACACGGCGUCUACUCGUGCUGUAGUGUAUACUGGAGUCAACAGUAGUGAGCGCUGCGUCUCCCCUAUAAUUUUUUUUUAUCCCCAAACCGUUUUGUGAGCCCAAACGUAGGUAGUUGAAAACGUUGGACGACAAAGCUUUGAUAUAUAAUGGCUGGCGGUAAAACUGGUAAGGACUCGGGAAAGGCUAAGGCCAAGGCGGUAUCACGUUCGGCGAGGGCCGGCUUGCAGUUUCCAGUUGGAAGGAUCCACAGGCAUCUAAAGAACAGAACGACUAGCCAUGGAAGAGUGGGUGCCACGGCGGCAGUUUAUAGUGCUGCUAUCUUGGAAUACCUUACUGCUGAGGUGCUUGAGUUGGCGGGUAACGCAUCGAAAGACUUGAAAGUGAAACGUAUCACACCGAGACAUUUGCAAUUAGCCAUUCGUGGUGACGAGGAGCUUGACAGUCUCAUCAAGGCAACAAUUGCUGGAGGAGGUGUUAUUCCACAUAUCCAUAAAUCCCUCAUUGGGAAGAAGGGCUCUCAGAAACCAGCAUAAUCUGGAGUAUAUAGUUAAAAAAAAAGAGAAGAUACAAGAAUAAAGCGUUCAUAGGUGCAGGACAAUGAUUUAAAAAAUGUAAUGGGUAUGACACUGAAAAAAAAUGAGAGAGUAAAAAUAAAAGAAUGUCGCGAGUGAUUGUUGAUGAAAACAAGAGUGUACCUACGUUAAAAAAUGAAGAAGAUAAAUGAAAGGACGACAAAAAAGAGCGAACGGGAUAGGCGUGAUAUAUAUAGUUAUUAAAAUAUUGAUAUAAUUUAAUUAAUAGGCAAUGAGAGGGGGGGGUCUUAUGUUUUUCAACUUUGUGCAGCAUUUGAAUCACAACUAAAUAACGGACGAAAGUAACAGUAUAUGGCGCAUACGGAAAUAAUCUGUAAUAUUGACUUUUUGACGAUAUUUCACCAUUUUUCUCCUCUUUUUUUUCGAAGCUUGAGUUAUUUAGUCAGCUGACCCAUUAAUGCAAAAAUCUAUUUCCUCAAUAAUAAAUCAAAUUUUGUGAGAUUUUUUUUGUUUUUCAAAUUGCAGUUUCUGAUGUUUUUAAUCAUUUUGAGUGUAAUUUAUAAGAAUUGAGUUGAGAUUUUUGAUCCCUGGGUUUUCUUAUCACCAAAGCUGAGGGUGAGAAUACUAGACGAGGAAACUUGUAAUAAAGAAGUAAAUAAUAAAUGAAAUUAAUGAGAAUAAAUAA